AAAAACUUUGCAGAACAGUUAAGUGUUCGUCAUGGAUAAAAUAAAAAUAAAAGAUUUUCCUUACGAGGUUGAAAUAGUGGAUCCUCAGGAAAACCAAGAACUGAUGGAAUAUUCUAAAGAUACAGACUUUAUUCGCGUUGGUCCAAAAAAAUACUUCAUGUUUAAAGGAUAUUUGGCAGAAGCUGCAAAUAUUUACAACUUUCCUCUACGUUCUGACGAUACUUUCGUGGUUACCUACCCAAAGUCAGGAACAACUUUGGCUCAAGAACUAGUAUGGUUGUUAUGCAACAAUUUAGAUUACGAGAAAGCUCAAUCAACAAUCAUCACUGAAAGAUUUCCAUUUCUAGAAAUAUCGACAAUGUUUAAUGUAGAAAAAACCCCACUAACCGAUAGUCAGAAAGAAAAACUGAGGAAAUCUCAAUUACCUUUAACAGUUGAGGACUUGAAAGAAAUACCUUCACCAAGAUUUGUCAAAAGCCAUCUACCGCUUUCACUACUACCACCAACGUUACUGGACACUACAAAGGUGGUAUAUAUAGCACGAGAUCCAAGAGACGUCGUCAUUUCCUUUUAUAAAUUUCAUAUAUUUUUGAGGAUGCUGUCGCCUGAUAAAGAGUUUAAGAUCUAUUGGAAUUAUUUCAUUUCUAAUAAUAUUGUGUGGACUCCGUAUUUUGAACAUGUUCUAGAAGCUUGGGAGAAGCGAUACCACCCAAACAUGUUAUUUUUAUUCUAUGAUGAUAUGAUUAAGGAUUUGGCGGGAACUAUACGACGUGUGGCGAAUUUUUAUGACAAAGCACUAUCCGUAGAACAAAUAAACAAACUGGUUGACCACCUUGAUAUUGAUAACUUUAAAAAAAACAAAUCAAUUAACAUGGAGGACAUGAAGGAACUUGGCAUAUGUACGAGCGACGGAGCUUUUAUACGAAAAGGUAAGUCAGGCGGGUGGCGAGAUCACUUCGAUGCGGAGAUGACGGCUCAGGCGGACGAGUGGAUCGCGGAACAUCUGCGUGACACCGACUUCCGUUUCUCAUAUUGUGAUAAGCUAUAUUUUGUCCGGGUUGGCCCAAAACAAUACAUUUUCCAGGCCGGAAUCAUGUCAGUACUUCCAAGCAUUUACAACUUACCGCUGAGGUCUGACGACACUUUCGUCGUUACUUACCCAAAAGCAGGAACCACUCUUACUCAAGAGUUAGUGUGGUUGGUAUGCAAUAAUUUAGAUUACCAGAAAGCUAAAUCCUCACUGCUCAAUGAAAGAUUCCCAUACUUAGAAUUGUCAGGAAUACUUCGUGUAUCUGAACUUUCUUACUCGGAAGAUCAAGUAGACCUAUUGAAGAAAUCUGUAAUACCGAUGACCAUUAAGGAAUUAGAGGAUAUGCCUUCGCCAAGAUUCAUCAAGAGCCAUCUGCCGCUGUCACUGUUACCACAGUCACUCUUAGAUAAGACAAAGGUAGUAUAUGUGGCUCGCGACCCAAGAGACGUCGCUGUUUCUUACUAUCAUCAUCACAAGUUGAUGAAAAUGUCAAAAUAUGAUAUGGAAUUCAAGGAAUUUUGGAAGUAUUUUGUUUCAGAUCUCGUUUUAUCUGGACCGUUUUGUGAACAUGUGCUUGAAGCUUGGGAGAAGCGGAACCAACCGAACAUGUUAUUCUUAUUUUAUGAGGAAAUCAUAAAGGACUUACCUGGAGCUAUAAAACGUGUCGCGGAUUUUUAUGGCAAAACACUUUCAGACGAACAAGUUAACAAGCUUGCACAGCAUCUUGAUUUCGAUAACUUUAAGAAGAACAAAUCUGUAAACAUGGAGACGUUGCAGCAGGUUGGCGUGUACACGAGCGACGGAGCUUUUAUACGAAAAGGCAAGUCAGGCGGAUGGCGAGAGUAUUUCGACGAAGAGAUGACGGCUCAGGCGGACGAGUGGAUCGCUAAAUAUCUACGUGACACUGACUUACGUUUCCCAAAUUCCUAA